UGACUAGUAGCUAGACCUGCACGGAGGAACUCCGUUUAUUCCCCGGCGUUUUCAAUUGUCGACAUUCGAUUCUCAUAAUGGAAACACCAUUUUAUUGUAUACUAUGAACUAUUCUUAAGAAUGGCUGCACUUAACAUGGAGGGUAACGGGCCAAGACGCGGGUCAAGGCGCGUGGUUCGCCGUGAACAGAACUCUCGGCGGACUGGGUUAAGCUGCCGUCGUUGUCAGAAACGGAAAAUAAGAUGCAACGGAGAAUUGCCACGGUGUCAGAGCUGCGCGAAAGUAGGCGUCAACUGUGAAGAUGGAGAAAGCUUGAAAGCUCGACCCCUACCGAGGGCAUACCUAAAGAGUUUAUGCAAUCGGAUAGAGUGGCUCGAAACCCUGGUUCGCAUACACUGCCCGAACAUCGAUUUAGAGCGCGAUGGGCCACUUGUUGUGGAUGCACCUCAAACUUGUAGUGGUACUGGACCUGAAGAUGACGAUACCUUGACUAUUGGUGACUCUAGUCAACAGCUGAACGAGAUACCGGAAGUACAGCCAGACUUAGAUGUGUUGCCAGGUACUGAGACCACGAUCACCAAGGGGCCUGCCACGGCGGGCAAUGAAGCUACUGGUCUUGAAGCGUCAGAAAUUCCUUCCAGUGCAGGGCUUUCACACGAAGUUGGGUUGGUAUCGCUUGGGGCAAAUCGAGACCCUAGAUAUAUCGGUCCUUCUAGUGGAUAUGUUUUCUGCAAGCUUAUGCUCGCCGCAUCGAGUAGAGCUGGGAAAAUGGCAAGGCCUGCUAACAGCUUGACACCGUCAGUUGCGCCUUAUCUUCGAGAACUUGUUAUUGAGACACAAGGUCCAAUAUCAAUCACCCAAGACCAAGCCACCAACCUAUGCCAGACCUAUUUUGACAUCAUUCAUGUCCAAUACCCAUUCUUACACUACCCUACAUUUCUGCAGUCGCUCAGACGGUUCUUUGAGUGCGAUAGCCCGGACCACAUAGCGGGCUUCCAAACAUAUAUGGUAUUAGCCAUUUCUGCGACUAUAGUAUCGAGACUGCAGAAGAUACCCCUUUCUGGUGAGCGGUAUUAUAUGACUGCUUUGCAGUACUUCGAGAAGAUUCAGGUGGAAAGCUCGAUCCAAGGUCUGCAAUGCAUUCUAUUAUUGCUUAUUUUCGCUAUGCAGAGCUCGACAGUUAGACUUGAUGUUUGGUGUUUAAACUAUCAGUGCAUUGCCUCGGUAUUGGACCUGGGCCUUCAGCGCGCUGUGACGGGCAGUAGUGGUAUCUCGAAGCUUGACCUUGAGAUGAGAACACGGAUCUUUUGGGUGGUCUACACAUUAGAUCGAACUAUAGCAACGAUGAUGGGCCGCCCGAUAGGGCUACGCGACGAAGCAUGCGAUUUUAGAUUACCAGCAGACCUGUCGGAUGCCGAUAUUGGAAACGAAUCUAUCCCAGCCCCGACUUCAUCAAACACAUCGACUCACAUGACUUAUGCAAUCCACUUGUUCAAACUUGCAAAGAUCAAUUCCGAGAUCAAAUAUGUUGCGAACAGCGUCAAUCCUAAUGCCCCAAGCUACGCUUACCCGGCUAUUAUUGACAUCAAUGCCUGGCAGAGGGACGUUCUCGCGAAACUCGAUCAAUGGGCUGCGAGUGUCCCAGCAGCACGAAACGCUAAUGACUAUAGUCAUGCGAUGCUACUACUACGCUAUCACUCAGUGAGAAUGUUGUUGCUUCGCCCGAGCCCGAAUAUUCCUCGACCCGAUCAUGAUGCAUUGCGUCACUGCUAUUCGAGUGCCGAGGAGUCAAUUCAGCUUCAUAGCGAGCUGUAUAAGAAGAACCUGCUCGUCCACAAUUGGAUCACGUUCCACAGCGCGGUGCUCAGCACUAUCGCGAUGUUCUACUGCAUCCUGUCAGUGCCGAGUAUAGCAACAAUGCUGGAAGUAGAAGACUUUAUGAGCAAUGUAAGGGCCAGUCUCAACGUCCUUAGCGCAAUCGGAGAGCACUAUUCAGGUGCCAAGAGAAGCCGCGAUAUAUUGGACGAAUUGGCUGGUCCUAUAAGCCGGUGGUUGCUGAAGAAGCGCCGGGAAGAAGCGGCCGCGUCGCUUGGGCAAUCUGCCAUAGAUAAUGUUUCUAGGACCAACAUCGAUCUUGUACCAGCUACAAUACAGCCAGUAAUGUUCGAUGACACUCCCUGGCCGUCUCUUUGGAGCCCCUUUGACGGCGGAUUCGAUGGCCAAUGGCUCUCUGAGUCGUACGGUUCAGCGGAUUGCGCCAAUCUUGAUGGCAUCAUGCUAUCUCUAUUGGAUGACUUCACAUGAAUGUCUAUUGUCUCGAUCUAAAAGAGCGGCCGCUGUGAUGGUGGUUAUU